AUGGACUCUGUGCGAGAUAUUGGGAGAUACUACCACGGCAAUCGACUGACAUACCUCCGCGAAAUUACCCAGUACGCCAUUACCGAAUACGGUAUGCAUAUCAUUCUGGGCUUACACUCGCUGCCGGGCGGAGUCAAUACACUGGACAUUGGAGAAGCGCUGGGUCACGAUGACUGGUUCUACAACACGACCAACCUGGAACUCUCAUAUCAAGCAUUCAAGGCAGCUUUAGAGUUCAUCAAUACCUCAGGGAACCCAGAAGCCUUCACCUUCGCCCCGAUCAACGAAGCCUCGGAUAACAUCACUGGGUUCGGAACACCUCACCUGAGACCCUGA